AUGGCUGCCUUUGUAUGUAAACGUGCUCAUAAUGAAAGGGUGCUGAAAUCAGGACAUCAGAAAUCUUUAUUUCCAACUUCCCAGCCUGGGAACAUAUUUGGAAAACCAAUACCAAGCGAUUGCUUCCUAGCACGUCCUAAAAACGCUAGAACAAACGUCGUAACAUCACCUGGUGGAUUUAAGUGGCCAACUACACAGGAAGAUGAGAUUGCAGUACGAACCAUACUAGUAGGUGACCGUGACUCAUCAAAGAUACUACUAGUAGGUGACCGUGACUCAUCAAAGAUACUACUAGUAGGUGACCGUGACUCAUCAAAGAUACUACUAGUAGGUGACGGUGACUCAUCAAAGAUACUAGUUAGUAGUAUCUUUGAUGAGUCACGGUCACCUACUAGUAGUAUCUUUGAUGAGUCGAGGUCACCUACUAGUAGUAUCUUUGAUGAGUCGAAGUCACCUUCUAGUAGUAUCUUUGAUGAGUCACGGUCACCUACUAGUAGUAUCUUUGAUGAGUCGAAGUCACCUACUAGUAGUAUCUUUGAUGAGUCGAAGUCACCUACUAGUAGUAUCUUUGAUGAGUCACGGUCACCUACUAGUAGUAUCUUUGAUGAGUCGAGGUCACCUACUAGUAGUAUCUUUGAUGAGUCAAUGUCACCUACUAGUAGUAUCUUUGAUGAGUCGAGGUCACCUACUAGUAGUAUCUUUGAUGAGUCACGGUCACCUACUAGUAGUAUCUUUGAUGAGUCGAGGUCACCUACUAGUAGUAUCUUUGAUGAGUCGAUCUCACCUACUAGUAGUAUCUUUGAUGAGUCGAGGUCACCUACUAGUAGUAUCUUUGAUGAGUCGAUGUCACCUACUAGUAGUAUCUUUGAUGAGUCACGGUCACCUACUAGUAGUAUCUUUGAUGAGUCGAAGUCACCUACUAGUAGUAUCUUUGAUGAGUCGAAGUCACCUACUAGUAGUAUCUUUGAUGAGUCGAAGUCACCUACUAGCAGUAUCUUUGAUGAGUCGAAGUCACCUACUAGUAGUAUCUUUGAUGAGUCACGGUCACCUACUAGUAGUAUCUUUGAUGAGUCGAGGUCACCUACUAGUAGUAUCUUUGAUAAGUCGAUGUCACCUACUAGUAGUAUCUUUGAUGAGUCGAAGUCACCUACUAGUAGUAUCUUUGAUGAGUCACGGUCACCUACUAGUAGUAUCUUUGAUGAGUCGAGGUCACCUACUAGUAGUAUCUUUGAUGAGUCACGGUCACCUACUAGUAGUAUCUUUGAUGAGUCACCGUCACCUACUAGUAGUAUCUUUGAUGAGUCACGGUCACCUACUAGUAGUAUCUUUGAUGAGUCGAGGUCACCUACUAGUAGUAUCUUUGAUGAGUCGAAGUCACCUUCUAGUAGUAUCUUUGAUGAGUCACGGUCACCUACUAGUAGUAUCUUUGAUGAGUCGAAGUCACCUACUAGUAGUAUCUUUGAUGAGUCGAGGUCACCUACUAGUAGUAUCUUUGAUGAGUCGAGGUCACCUACUAGUAGUAUCUUUGAUGAGUCGAGGUCACCUACUAGUAGUAUCUUUGAUGAGUCAAUGUCACCUACUAGUAGUAUCUUUGAUGAGUCGAGGUCACCUACUAGUAGUAUCUUUGAUGAGUCACGGUCACCUACUAGUAGUAUCUUUGAUGAGUCGGGGUCACCUUCUAGUAGUAUCUUUGAUGAGUCGAUGUCACCUACUAGUAGUAUCUUUGAUGAGUCGAUGUCACCUACUAGUAGUAUCUUUGAUCAGUCACGGUCACCUACUAGUAGUAUCUUUGAUGAGUCGAUGUCACCCACUAGCAGUAUCUUUGAUGAGUCGAGGUCACCUACUAGUAGUAUCUUUGAUGAGUCACGGUCACCUACUAGUAGUAUCUUUGAUGAGUCGAUGUCACCUACUAGUAGUAUCUUUGAUGAGUCGAGGUCACCUACUAUACUGACGAGAUAA